UUUUCUAUAUCAUUUGAAUAUUUUCCUAAUGAACUUUUCAUUGAAAUUUUAUCUUAUUUAACUGCCACUGAUGCAGUCAUUGCAUUCUCAAAUCUUAACCAUCGUUUUCAAUGUUUAAUUUUCGAAUUUUGUCAAUCAUUUGAUUUUACAUCAAUUAGUAAAAACAAAUUUGACAUUAUAUUUCAAUGUCAUAACACAAAUCGAUGGCAUUCAUUAAAACUUUCCCAUGAUAAUAAUACACCUGGACAAGUUAAAUAUUUUUUUGAAAAUAAUUCUUUUAUUGAUAAUUUUUCUCAAUUACAAUUAUUAUCUGUUGUUAAAAUAAAACCUUGCAAUUGAUAUCCAUUAUUAUCUCAACUUCCAUUUCUUACAAAUCUUGUUUCACCCAAAAUUGAAUCUGUAUGUGGAAAUAAUAUAUUGGAAUUUGAUCUUCCAAAAUUAAAAAACCUUAUUUUCAGUUCAUGUACUAAUACAAAUUGGCUGAAAGUAAAAAAAAAGAAAACAAAAACUAUAGAAUAAUAAUUUAUGAAUCUUUAUUAUUUCUUUAGAAUUUUUCUCAAAUUGAAACUAUUGAAUAUACAAUAACGGAUUGUUGUUUAAAUGAUAAAAUAUUAAAAUGGCCAAAAACAUUAAAACAUUUUAAAAUCAUUUUUACAAAUAAUGAAGAUUGUUUAUUAAUUCAACAGUCACUUACUCAUUUAUCUCAAUUAAUUAAUCUUGAAAUUUAUCAAAAAGAAAAAGGAAUAUCAUUUCAUAAUGGUCAAAUAUGGGAACAAAUAAUUCUUUCAUCACUUCCAUUAUUAAAAAACUUUAAAUUCUAUUUUCAAUUCGCAUAUUAUUAUCACCAAUUCGAUCAAAUUAAACAAGUCAUAGCAUCGCUCUCUACACCAUUCUAUGUACUUGAAAAGAAUUGA